GAGCACUUCCUGUGCAGUAUGGCGCGCAGAGAAGAGAGCGGCUGUGAAUGAGACUGGACUCAUUUAUAACUGAAAAUAAAAACAAUAUUAAAGACUGGACGAGGCUGCAGGCAUGACCAGAGGUUCAGAAGGAGAAGCAACUCCACGCAAGCGUAAGGGGACUGUCCCGGCACGGUCUUUAUCGCCUCUGCUUUUUGUGGACAGUACUGGGGAGGACACAGAGUCCUCUGCAGCAGCGCAUGAGCACAAGAAAAAGAAGAAAGUGAAGAAAAAGCGAGCAGAGCAUGAACAGCUGAAAGAAGCGGGAGAGAGAGACGGUGGGCACAAGAAAAAGAAAGUCAAACACUCAGGUGGAGAUGAAAAUCUGGAAGCAGAAACGACUGAAGAGGUGGAAAUGCCCAUGAAGAAGAAGAAGAAGAAGAAAAAGCACAAGAGAGAUGAAAUGAAGCAGGAAGGUGAGAGCAACGGUGACGUCAACCCUUCUGGUCAACCGAAGGAUGAGGAAAGCUGUUUGGAAGCCGUUGGGUCUGAAAGAAAGAAGGUGAAGGUUGAGAUAAAGGGAAGCUACCCCGUUACGCCUUGGACUGCAGAGGAAAAGAAGAAAAAGAAGAGGAAGCAGAGGGAAGCAGGGCUGGAAGAGACUGGGCAGGGGGCAUGUGAUCAGAGCAGCGGAGAUUUAUCUGCGAAAAAGAAGAAAAAGCAGAACCCGACAAACAGCAUCCAGGUGCUGCUGUCGGACACAGACGAACCAGUCGAGGCGAGUUCCUCCAAAGACCCUGGACGCCAAGUGGACCCGACACGGAGAAGCUCCAAAAUGAAAAAGAGGAGGUCGGACGUUGACGAGCCAGCAGAGCGGAGUGGAGUCGACCCGGGCCAGUCUCCAGGGGGCUCCGGAAAGGAAAAGAAACGGAAGAUGGUGAACGAGAGCCAGCUGCUUGAAACUACCGUCGACGAAUCGGGGGAGUCGGUCAUAGUGUACCGGGCUGAUCUUAUCCAGACCCCAGGCGGCUCUCGAAAGAAAACGAAGCAUGAGAUUGAGAACCAGAGCCAGGAGCCGCAGCUGGACGUCGAAAACCCAGAAGCAGCUUCGUGGUUAUUAAGUUCCACCGAGAUCCCGUGCGGAUACCAAGAGAAGAAGAAGAAGAAAAAAAAGAGAGGAAUAAAGAUGAAAGACAUUGCGCUCAGGACUGCUGAUGACGAUAACACCGAUGGGUGGGAGACUGGUAAGGCUAAAUCGUCCCCAGUAGGUGAAGAAGAGCUAGCAAGCAUGAUGGAGCAGCUGAAAGAGUUUGUUCCGAACGUGGAGAAGCUGUCGGCAGCGGUCAUUGUCGAAAUGGCCAAACACGACCUGAACAGGUUCCGGGAGUUUAAAAAAAAAGGCAUGGCUAUAAGGUUCGGGAGGUUUACUGCAGAAGAAAACGCUAGGUUGAGGAAAAAUGUGGAGGACUUCCUUUCGCUGGCCGGAAUCGACUGCCCCCAAAAGCUGUUUUAUACAUCACGCUACCCUGAAGAAAUAAGCACGAUCAAGCAGCUCAAAGUGCAGUAUAGAUUCUUGACACGAAUCUGUGAAGGAAUCCCAAGGGCUAGGAAUCUUAUUUACAAGCGAGGAAGAAAGAUGUUUGACGAAUUGAAUUAUAAAGGCAGGUACACAGAGGAAGAGGAGGCAUCCUUGAAGAGGUUCCACACUCUGUAUGGGAACAACUGGAUCAAGAUUGCAGAUUUGGUGGGCCGGAGCGAGCAAUCUGUAGCUCUGAAGUUCUUGACGUUUGACCGCAAGAAUAAAGGACGCUGGAGCUACAAGGAGAGAAGGAUCCUGUUGAAGGUGAUGGAAGACGAGCUGCGCAAGACUCUGGACCCAGCCGAGAUGAACAGCCUGGAGCAGGGAGCGACCCCUGAGCGGAAUGCCAGGCUGCUGACCAUCAUCAGGGAGAAGCUCUAUCAGAACAUCCACUGGGUGGACGUGGCGGCCAAAGUGAAAACCCGCAACUGGGUGCAGUGCAGACAAAAGUGGAUGCAUUUGCUAACACACAGGAUGAGCCAAGGGGAGGCCAUGUCUAAGAGUAACAAAUGUGUCCAGGCAAAAAUCAACUUGAUAAAUAGGUUGCACUCAAUGAAUGUGGAGGAUCAGUAUGACAUAGACUGGGAGGACCUCACAGAUAUAUUUGGGGAUGUGCCCCCUUACUGUGUUCAGCGCAUGUUCACCAGGUUGAAGGUCAGCCAUGUCCCCAUGUGGAAGAGCAAGUCCUUCGGAGGUGUCCUGAAGGUCAAUGGUGAUGAGGUUGAAACAGCCUCAGACAAUAGUAUUGGUUUCUGUGGGUGGAUCCUGGUGUUGUUCUCCUUGCUCUUGAGCCUGCUUACCUUCCCUCUCUCCAUCUGGAUGUGUAUCAAGAUCGUGAAGGAGUACGAACGGGCGAUUAUUUUCAGACUUGGGCGUAUCUUGCCAGGCGGUGCCAAGGGGCCAGGUCUGUUCUUAAUCCUGCCCUGCACUGACAGUUUCAUCAAAGUGGACAUGCGCACCAUCACCUUCGACAUCCCCCCUCAGGAGGUUCUGACCAAGGAUUCGGUGACUGUGUGCGUGGACGGCGUGGUUUACUACCGCGUGCAGAAUGCCACCCUGGCCGUGGCCAACAUCACCAACGCAGACGCUGCCACGCGCCUGCUGGCACAGACCACACUGCGCAACGUCCUGGGCACCAAGAACCUGGCAGAGAUCCUGUCCGACCGCGAGGAGAUCGCUCACAACAUGCAGUCCACGCUUGACAGUGCCACAGAUGACUGGGGUAUCAAGGUGGAGCGAGUGGAGAUCAAGGAUGUCAAGCUGCCCCUGCAACUCCAGAGAGCCAUGGCAGCUGAGGCAGAGGCGUCCCGAGAGGCCAGGGCGAAGGUGAUCGCAGCGGAGGGGGAGAUGAAUGCAUCGCGGGCCCUGAAGGAGGCGUCCAUAGUGAUCUCAGAGUCCCCCUGCGCCCUGCAGCUGCGCUACCUGCAGACCCUCAAUACCAUCGCUGCCGAGAAAAACUCCACCAUCAUCUUCCCCCUGCCCAUCGACAUGCUGCAAAAUUUCAUGCGCCAGUGAGCAGGUGGGAGGAGGGCUGGCGAACCACAGCACGCUUCUCCUUGGUUAAUCUGCAAGCGGUUUUUGCAGGGAUCCUCUCUCUCCUUUUUUAUUUUUAUUUGAAAGUCAUUGCUCUCGACAGAAACCGAAGCACAAACUUCAGAUCUUAAUAAAUGCCGCUUCGAGAAACAUCGACGAAGUGAAAGGAGUUGAUCUGUGAUGGCCGUGUCUUACUACGUCACAGUGAGUCUGCAGUGGCAAUGCAGCAGUCUAACUUGCAAAAACAUUAGAGCGUAGAUUUGCACUUUCUCAACGUCAAUGCAAACACAUGACACAGCCCCAUUGUGCAAAUGUAUUGAAAAUAAAAAAGUCAAACCACAGCCCCGACACAUUGCAGCUUUCAUAAAAUGUUCAAGUGCAGUCCAGCCGGACCCAAUACAGCAGCAACGCUGGGCAGAAUCAUCCCACAGAUCAUUCAUUAUAAGCGCUGUAAGAUCAGAACAAUGUGGAUUCAUUCCAUUAAGCCAAAUGAGAAAGAGAGAGAGCUCUGCCAUUAUUUUUCUAUCUUGUAUAAAUCGCAUCUUCAUGCAGUCGUGUGCCUUCUUUCUAACUGGACUAUUUUUGUACGUGUUAUUUUCUCAGAUUUAUAGUACAGUACUAAAUAUAUAGCUCCAUAUCAAGUGCAGAUGUGAUCUAUGUUUAAAAAUGUGUCAAAUGAAUCAAGGUAAAUGUUAAUGACAAUAUUACACAGGUUGAAGGCUGGUUCAGUGAAUUUUUAAAUGGAGUUGGCUGCCUGUUCUCCAUGGCAUCCACUCUCAAACCCAGAUUGUAUCCCAGAUCCAUAGAGACUUGAAUCAAGUCCCUAGAAUUUGUGCAUGGAUCCCCCUUGUAGUGCCCUGAACCCAGCCCCUUUCACCCGGAAAGUUAUUGCAGUUAUUGUUAUUGUGAGAACUAGUUAUUUUAAGCUGGAGUUCCGAAUGUAUUUAUAAAUAUCCUGAAGGUCAUUCUUCAAAAAAUAUCUGUGUAACUUUUUUUAACCCCAUUUGAAUAUGCAAUUGCCUUGCCCUCCUUGUUUUCCCUUGCUAUUUUAAUAAUGCAUAAUGUGUUGCGCAAUAAAAACUACUCUACCAGCCGAAUGAUAAAAAGACCAUGUUUGAAGGAGACUAUCUAAACCAUUUCUAGGAAUCUGCCUGUCCCUUCUGUCCAUGUCACCCUUACAUUUGUACAUGUAAAUGCAGUUGGUGUAGUGCAGGGUGAUUGACUUUAAUAGGAUCGCCCUAGUAUAGGAUUCACAGCCGUGUCCAGGAUGUCGGGUCCUUUAUACAGGGAGUCGACCAAGACCAGCAUGCUCUGCUCACGUGUGGCCUGAUCUGUAUUUAGACUCUGGGCCACAUGUCAGAGUUGGAAGGACACGGAUCUCUGAUGGGGGAAAGUUUUAGAGAGAAGUUCACCAGUGUUCCCCUCGCUCUGAUCGAUACAAUGCCAAUUCUAGGUACAGCAUUAUAAAACUAGGGUUCACAGACCAGAAUUAGGAUUAGGGGUCUAAGACUACCGCUAACCUGCUGUCUAUGUAACACUUCACUACUGUACCUUUAAAAACGUGUUUGUUACCAGCAAAAUGUUUUGGUUUUUUUAUACUGUUUUUCCUCUGCUGUAUAAAUAAAACACACACAAGAUGUCUCA